CGCGCCUGCGCGGUGUCCUCGUGGUUCCGGGUCUCGUUUUGGUUCUACGACCUGUUGGCAGCGGAACGGAGGCUCCGAGCCCGAGCAACCUCCCGAAACCCUCAGGAAACCUGUUUCCCUUCCUUAACCCUGCUGUGAAACUCUGGCCUCGGGUCACUGGCAGUUUCUUUGAAACCCUUGCAGAAUUGGGUGUGAAGGUCGUGCCGCCGUGGCUGCGCUGGCGCCGGGAUUCGCACACCGGCUGAAGUCAGCUCUGAGACCUGCGAGGCUUUGUGGAGUCGAGAUGACCCACUCUUUGGUUUGUCCAGAGACAGUGAGCAGGGUGAGUUCAGUGCUGAAUCGCGACACCCGGCAGUUUGGAAAGAAGCAUCUGUUCGACCAGAAUGAGGAGACGUGCUGGAACUCGGACCAGGGCCCCUCCCAGUGGGUGAUACUAGAGUUUCCCCAGCGCAUCCGUGUCUCCCAGCUGCAGAUCCAGUUCCAGGGGGGCUUCUCCAGUCGCCGGGGCCACCUGGAAGGUUCCCAGGGAAGUGAGGCUCUUAGCAAGAUUGUGGACUUCUAUCCCAAGGACAACAACUCCCUUCAGACCUUCCCUGUGCCAGCUGCCGAGGUGGACCAGCUGAAGGUGACCCUUGAGGACGCCACGGACUUUUUUGGCCGAGUUGUCAUCUACCACCUGCGGGUGCUGGGGGAGAGGGUGUGAGACCCCUGGGUAGCUGACUCCUCCAGGAGGCCCUUGGGGAAGCACAGUAAAGCCCUUCAAGUUACGCACACAGAAGGUUUAUUGGUUCCUCUUGGGAAGGAUCCCCUCCCGCUGUCCGUCCAGGAGCUGCCUUUGAAGCCAGUUCUGGGUUUCCCCAGCUCUGGGUCAACUAUUUUGUUCCCUGAGUAUCUGAGUGCCCAGCAGGCAGUCUUCACUCAGGAUCUGUGGGCACCAGGUUGCUCUGGAAGAGUUUGAGGAUGUGGUUCUC